GGGACGAGUCCUGCAGGCGCAAGCUCAGUUUUACUCUCCCAGUCUCCAGAAGUCUAGUCGAGAAAGGCGAGGAAGCCGCGGGCAGGAGCCGAGCCGAGCCGAGCCGAGCCGAGCCGAGCUGGGACUGGACGCUCUGCGAUGGGACUGCUCCUUCGCCUUCUGCGCCCGGGGCUGGGUUCGUGUGUUCCCCGAUUAUUGGCAAAUAGACUUGGGACCCUUUCAACAGUUAAAGUAACAAGUCAUUCCAAUGAUGCUCAGCCAGAAGAACCCACAAAGCCUAUUGGUCGUUAUCCUGUUCCUUAUAAAAAGGAACUACCUUUUGAUAUAGUGGAGCUUAUGGAAGAGGUGGAAAAAAAGACUGGAUUUCUACCCAAUGUCUUUAAGGCUUUAGCACAUCGACCAGGGGAAUUCAGAGCAUUUUUUGCUUACUAUAAUGCCAUUAUCAACAAAGAAACAGGACAUCUCAGUAAGGCUGAUAAAGAACUCAUCAUUGUAGCUACAAGUGCUAGUAAUAGGUGCCCCUACUGUGUAAUUGCCCAUAGUGCUCUACACAGAAUAUAUUCCAAAAAUGCUGUUCUUGCUGAUCAGGUCAUUGUUAAUUGGAGAAAGGCUGACUUAUCACCUCGAGAGUUAGCUAUGCUAGAAUUUGCUCUUGCUGUCAGUCGUGCUGAAGACAUAACAGAAGAACAUUUUAAAAAGCUGGAAUUGCAGGGUUUUGAUCGAGAAGAUGCCUGGGACAUAGCUUCUAUUUCUGCUUUCUUUUGCAUGUCUAACCGUAUUUCUCAUUUUAUUGACCUGAUGCCCAACAAAGAAUUUUAUUCAUUGGGUAGAAAAAAUGAUCAAGAUAUGUAAGAGCAUAUCCACCACAGAGGCACAAUAAAAUGUGUAUAUUUAUUUUAUUUGUAGGAGUUACAGUAUGCCUAUUAAUAAAAUUUCCCCUAAUAUUUAGUUUAUACACACAAUGGGAAAUAAACUAAUUUACUGUUCUA